AUGUCGCUGAAGAUCUUCGAGAUCGACCGCAGCCUGGAAAGCUGUCAAGGUGGGGAGAGCAGAGCAUGCAGAAACGGGGUCAACCAACUCGCCAACGACCUGCCAGGCCAGAUUUGGGAUCGAGUGAAUGGCCCCGAACUUAGUGGAGUUCAGGGUCCGAAGGGAGCGAAGUGGCAGAAGCAGGAAAGCGAUGGCUACAAGUGGUGGCUCAGUGAGUUGGAGAAGACUGAGGGUGGCAUCGAAGCCUUUGCUGAAGGCUACAAAAUCUUUGGCUUCAACCGUGAUGAAGAGAAAGGUGGAUAUGUCUACCGAGAAUGGCUUCCCAACGCGAAGCAGGUCUUCCUCAUCGGUGGCUUCAACGACUGGCAAAACAGCACGCCCUUGACCAAUGAGGGCUUUGGCCGAUGGAGCUUGUUCAUCAAAGACAAGGCAGAUGGCUCUCCUGGAAUCCCCCACCAGACGCAGCUGAAAGUGCGCGUCGAAGCCAAUGAUGGGUCGUGGCACGACCGAGUCCCUGCCUGGAGCAAGUUGGCCUGGCAGGACCACACCACCAACCUCUUCAACGGUGUCUUCUGGGAGCCUCCUGAGGAGGAUCGGUAUGUUUUUCAGAACCCAAGGCCUCCGAGGCCGGCCAACUUGAAGAUCUACGAGGCCCACGUGGGAAUGGGCUCGGUGGAGCCCAAAGUGGCCACCUACACGGAGUUCGCCGAGACGGUGCUGCCGCGCAUCAAGCGCAUGGGUUACAACGCGGUGCAGUUGAUGGCCAUCGCCGAGCAUGCUCACUAUGGUUGUUUUGGAUAUCACGUGACCUCUUUCUAUGCCCCGGCCAGCCGUUCUGGAACCCCUGAGGAGCUGAAGUACUUGAUCGACACAGCGCACGGAUUGGGUAUCCAGGUGCUCAUGGACCUGGUCCACGCGCAUGCAUCAUCCAAUACCUUGGAUGGCAUUGCACAGAUGGACGGAACGGAUCAUUGCUAUACCCAUGGAGGUUUGAAGGGCCAUCAUUCAGACUGGGACUCCAAAAUCUUCAACUACCUCAAGUACGAGGUCCUGCGGUUCUUGCUCUCCAACGUCAAGUGGUGGUUGGAGGAAUACCAGUUUGACGGCUUCCGCUUCGAUGGUGUUACCUCCAUGCUGUGCGACUAUGAUGGGCGCUCCCAGCAUGCCUAUUUACCAGACAACGAGGAGGGGAAGAAGCUCCUGGCCAUGUUUCAGCUCGCCUUCCGGCGGCGAGUGCUCUUCAGCCUGAGUCCCUCUCUCACCACCCAACGCCUUCAUCCCACCUUCGCCAUUCAUCUGAAGACCUCGAUGACGGGCUACCCAGAUGAGCAAUACUUCAACUCUGCCAUGGAAGAGCUUCGGAACGCUGGGAUUUCCCUGGAGGCUGCCACUCCCGUGGCCAUCGGCCUCAACGCUUCACUGGCCAGUCGCAUCAGACAGAAGUGUGGUUUUGUCUUAAGCCAAAUCGAAUCAAAGCUGCUGAUGGCCUCCCUCAUCAUUCUCUGGAUCACACCUCAGGGACGUGCGACCUUCUUUCCCUGCUUUUCGAUCCUGAUCGUCUUGGGCCUUCCGCCGAAGCCUGGAGUGGCCUGGUCCGCGGUCUUGUUCUUCACCUAUUUUGGGACGACGACUCCAAGGGCUGAUGAUGAGGAGCAGCAGGCAGAGUUUAGCUUUGUCAUGAUGAGCAUCAUUCUCAUCUCCUGGCUCUUCGCGCUGCUCAAGGUCCUCCUGACACCUCGCUGCAGCUGCUUCAACCGGAUCCAGCGCAAGACCCGUGCCGCGAUCCAGGUGCCACAUGUGAAGACUCUUUUGACCAUCCUUGUGUUGCUGCUGGCGUCGGGCUAUGAGACCAGAGCUGGGCGUAUAGCGCUGGCCCUUUGCUCCAUCCAUUUGCUUCUGAUUUGCAUUUGCAUCCCAUGCCCCAGUUUCAGGAGCUCCAUCAGCUCCUUUGGAGAACCGUUGGAGAACGAGAUGGAAGAGGUACUCCGUCAGGUGGGGGCAAACCCGGAGCAUGGCCUCAACAGCUGCAACGUCUUUGUGGAUGCGAGCCAACGGGUUUUUGAUGAGAUGAAGGAAGAGCACUGGGCGCUCUAUGCCUCAACGCCCUCCUUGCAAGGGCGUGCAGAUAUGAAGGCCAUCCUAAAAGACUUCCUCCGAUCGGUGAAGAGACCCUUGCGCUGCAGAGCCAGUGGUGUGAUCCAUGAAAUGCUGGAGAACGAGAAGCGCUGGGCCAGUGAAGGCUAUGUGGUCUUCUACCAUCUCUAUGCACUCUCCAGUGUCCUGUACGAGCUUCAAACUGCUUUGGCGAACGAACUCUUGGACUAUCCAUUGGCUGGGCCACCAGUGAUGCGGCUCUCACGCAGAGCCUUUGGAGACAUCCGUUCGCUUUCCGAGGUACUGUCCAUCCGUGAUCAUAACAUCAGCGAUCACGCGCACGAGUACCGCGCGUUGGCGGUGUCGGCCUUCUCUUCAUGCUUCGCCAGUGGAGGAUACACUCGCAGCAUGCAGCGGUAUAUGAUGCAGGGCUUUCCGAGCGGCACCAGCAACUAUGUGAAGAAACUGAUUGAUGAUUUGCUCUCUGCCGUAGGCAUUGAUCAGCCUGAUGUGAUUCCCACCCUGCGGUCAAGAAUCCUGGCAGCUGGCAAAGCACAGGGCUUGGAGGCUUUGGGUCAGGUUUUGCAAAUCUUCCUCCACGACUCCGUGGUAGACGCCUUCGCCUAUGGCUCCCAGCCCUUGGGGGCUCUGGCACCUCGUGGACUGCCAGUGAGUGCUUGGCUCCGGCAGCAGUGCCCCAUCGAGGGCCAGGUCAGGCUGGUUCCUCAUCCCGACCUCUUCCUGGCGGGUGCGACACCCAGAGGUCCUUUGGUGCGGAUCUUUGACCAUUGUCCCUCAAGGGCCUUGCAGAAGGUAGCCCUCCGACGCGAGCUGCAGUCUUUGCUGCGGCCCUACCUGAACAUCGAGCGAGCGCGGCAGUUGUUGGGCUUCGAGUCGACCAGUGAUGUACAGGCAACAUUGACGCAUAUUGACCUCUUAGGCCUCACGAACAUCCUUACCAUGAUGAUUGCUGCCUUCGCUGGUUUCGUUGAUUUCUCGCCCAGUCGGAGCGUUGAAUGGUACCAGCUGAGGGAGUAUGAGGGUCAUAUCUACCUGAUGCUGGCCAAUGACUUGAUUCACCGCGUCGUCCCAUCUGCGGUGACUGUGGGCGAGGAUGUGAGUGGAAUGCCAACCUUGUGCUUGCCUGUGGAAUGGGGUGGAUUCGGCUUUGACUACCGCUUGGCGAUGGCCAUUCCGGAUAUGUUCAUCAAGUACCUGAAAGAGUCGACGGAUGAUGGAUGGGGCAUGGGCCAUUUGGUCCACACGCUCACCAACAGGAGAUACAUGGAGAAGGUGAUCGCCUACGCGGAGUCCCACGAUCAGGCGAUCGUGGGCGACAAGACCUUGGCGUUCUGGCUCAUGGACGCGGAGAUGUACACUGGGAUGAGUUGCUUCACCAGCCCGUUCCCUUCCAUGUGCGUUGAUCGUGGCCUGGCGCUGCACAAGAUGAUCCGGCUCAUCGUUUUGUCCUUGGGCGGCGAGGGAUACUUGAACUUCAUGGGCAACGAAUUCGGCCAUCCGGAGUGGAUUGACUUCCCACGACCGGAGAACGGCUGGAGCCACCACCACUGCCGGCGUCGCUGGGAUUUACCAGAGGACGACUUGUUGCGCUACAAGUUCUUCCAAAAUUUCGAGGAACUCAUGCAGGCCUGUGAAAAUCGCUUCCAAUUUGUCAAUGCCACCCACCAGUAUGUCAGUAAGAAGGAUGAGAACGACAAGGUCAUCAUUUUCGAACGGGGCGAUUUGGUCUUCGCCUUCAACUUCCACCCCUGCAACAGCUACGAGGGAUACCAGAUCGGCACCCAUUGUGAGGAGUCCAUGCGCUGCAUCCUGGACACCGACGAAGGCCGCUUCGGAGGUCAUAUGCGUCUUGACUACGGCCAUGGCAAUCCCUUUUCUUCCAUGGGUGGGAUUGACCGUCGUCCACAUUCUGUGAAGCUCUACAUGCCAGCUCGGACGGCACAAGUUCUUUGCAGGGAGAGCUUGCUUCAAGGAGGAGUGAAAAUUCAUGUCGAGGAAAGCUUUUUGUCACAGUAUGAGAUCAAGUCUGCCGAUGGCUUGAAGCUGUCCUUGCUUGCGACCAAAGAUGGGGUCGAAGAGAUGAUUGACUUCCCAUUCGUGGAUGGCUGCGUGCACCUCGCCGACAAUUGGGAUGCCACCUUCGAUAUCGUCACGGGCGAGGACAUGAUCCUGCCCUGCAAGUGCUCGAAAGACACCAAGUUCCGCGUCUUCUUCCCCGGCGAAUACACCGUGGCGCACCUGGGCUACUUGCGGAACGGCCAGCCUGCCGAGGACGCCGACAAGCCACCGAAGCCAGUGGCCAAGGUGGCGACCAAGGGCUACGCGAAGCCCAAGGCGCAGACGGCGCCCAUUUCGGCGGCGCCGAGCCCCGCGCCCGCGGUGGCCGCGGCUCCCGCGCCGGCCGUCGACGCCUCGCCGGUGGGAUCGCCGGUGGCGGCGCCGGCACCGGGCACCGUGGAGGUGAAGGAAGAGGCGAAGCCGGAAGAAGCCGGGGUCGAUGUGCGGGACAUGACACGGUGCUAUUCCGGGCUGCACUUCAUGGAUAGUGAGGCCUUAGAUGCGGCCCUGAGGGAGACGCAAGGAGAGCAAGUCUCAGAUUUGGAACAGACCAAGAUGAGGAUGGCGAACUUUCAAGAGAAUUUGGCUGCUUGUGGAGGCGACUUGGCCCAGAUCUCCGAGAGUUACCGGACUUUUGGCUUGCAGAAGAGUGGUGGAAUGUGGACCUAUUGUGAGUGGAUGCCCUUUGCCAAGCAGGUCUUCUUGGUUGGAGACUUCAAUGGAUGGGAUACGGCUGCUACUCCAUUGGCCCAGGAGUCCCCAGAUCUGCCAGACGUGUGGAGUGCCACCUUGCCAUCCACCACCAAGCUCACCGUGGGCAGCAAGUACAAGCUCUACGUCGUUCCAGAGGAGGGUGAUGCCUACUACGCCAUGCCGGCAUGGGCCACACGCUUCGUGGGGCCCAACGAAAUGAAGCUCUUGGACGCGGUGGUGCACGUGGUGGACGGUAGCGGCCCCGGACGAUUGGAGGUGACCAACGAGAUGCAGCAAGGUGGUAUUCGAAUCUAUGAGUGUCAUCCUGGGCUAGUCAGCAAGGCUAGUACCACUUCGCCUUUGGUGGAGACCUUGGACCUGCUGCCGCGCAUCGCGCGCAACGGCUACAAUGCCCUGCAGCUGGUGGGUCUUUUGGAAUGCAAGGAGCCUGCCACCCUGGGCAGCCAACCUGUGAGCCUCUUCGCACUGUCCCAACAUCUGGGCACCACGGAGGAGUUGCGGAACCUGGUGCUGCAGGCGCAUCGCUUAGGGCUGCAGGUCUACAUGGAUCUCCCCCACAAUGGCGCCGCCUCCGCGGAGGACGGGCUUGCAGGGCAAUUCUUCUUGUGGGGAGAGCAGGGCUUCCAUCCCAUCACCGGCGCGCGGAUGUACAACUACACCGAGCACGAGGUGACCCGAUACCUCCUUGCCAGCAUUGCCUUCUGGAUGAACCAAUUUGGCAUUGAUGGCUUCAGGUUCAUCGAUAUCGCCUCCAUGAUCUACCUGGACUGCGGCAGGUGGGUGCCGGAGCCUUCCGAGUUGGAAGAAUACUUGGAGAAUGACGAAAACACCGAGAAGGCUGGCAUCCAAUACCUCAUGCAAGUGAAUGCGCUCAUUCACCAGUUGGAACCCAAUGCCAAGACCAUCGCAGAGGACCGGACCAUGUACCCGCACCUGUGCGAAGCGGUCGAAGAUGGCGGAUUGGGCUUCGACCUGCGACAGGCCUCCAAUGCGCCCGAUUUGUUCCGAGAGCUGGUGCUGGGAGGGCGAGAUGAAGAGUGGAGCAUGAAGAAGAUCGUGGACUACAUGUCUGAGGUGAAGCAGUAUCGACCCACUGAUAAGAUCUUGGGCUCCUUCGAGUCUGCUGAGCACUGCAUCCUGGGACGUCGACCUUUGAAGAUCGCGAUGCUGUCGUGGGAGACCCUUCACACCAUUGCCGCGGGUGGCGUCGCCCCGCAUGUGACUGAGCUGGCCGGCGCCUUGCACAAGAUCGGUCACACCGUGCACAUCUUCACGCGCUCCACACAGAGCCGUACCUGGGAGAAUGAGAUCUUGGGUGUGAUCUACCACGAGGUGAACUUCGGCACCGACAGCGACUUCGUGAGGGAGAUCGAGAACAUGUGCAGCUCCUUCGUUGGGCACUACCUUCAUGUGGAGGGCCGUGUAGGUGGCUUCGACGUGAUCCACGGCCAUGACUGGCUCGUGGGUCCUGCGGUGAUUCAGCUGGCCUCCAUGAACAAACGAGUGGUCUUCACCAUGCACUCCACCGAGACGGGCCGGUGUGGCAACGUGCAGUACGGGGGGCAGAGUGCCCGCAUUCGAUCAAUUGAAGGCCACGCCUGCCAUGCGGCCGAGCGGGUGAUUGCAGUGUCUGGUGUGUUGAAGGAGGAGGUUUGCUCCCACUAUCAAGUAGACGGAAGAAAGGUCGAGGUGAUCUACAAUGGCAUUCACGCAGAUGCGAUCGCCAAGAUGGAGUGGGAAGACGAGUGGACCGGCAACACCAAGCGGGACAAGGGCUUCGACGUCAUGGACCCGAUGUUCCUCUUCGUUGGGCGCCUGGCGGUGCAGAAGGGGCCCGAUCUCCUCCUCGAGGCAGUGCCGAUGAUCCUUCAGGCCCGGGGCAACGCCAAGUUCGUGAUUGUCGGAGACGGCCACAUGAAGGCGCACUUGGAAGCCCGUGCCCACCAGUUGGGCGUGGGCCAUGCUGUGCACUUCGCGGGUUCCGUGAAGAGUGGCACUACGCAUUUGAAGGCCCUCUUCAAAUCGUGUGAUGCUGUCAUUGUGCCCAGCCGAAACGAACCCUUUGGCAUUGUGGUGCUGGAGGCCUGGGCGGCCAGCAAGCCAGUGAUUGCCACCACCUGUGGUGGUCCCAGGGACUUCGUGCGACCGGAUCGAGAAGGAUAUUUGGUGGAUCCCAAUCCAGGGAGCAUCGCAUGGGGCUGCUGCAAGAUUUGCGAAAACUUCGAACACGCCAGGUGGAUGGGAGGAGUCGCCAAAGAGAAGGCCCUGAACGAGUUCAACUGGUCCUUCAUUGCUCGCAAGACCGAGCAGAUCUACUACGAGCAGAUGAACCUCCAUGGUACCCCGAAGUUCCGCUACACGGGCUUGGGCAUUGGCUCGCCCUUCGCGGCGCAGGUCUUAGGACAGCACCGGAACAACAUGGGCGUCAUGGAGAACAACCACCUGGUGAUCCGAGGACUUCAGCUGCUGAAGAUGUCGAAGCUGGUGUCGGCGGCCAUGGGCUUGGAUGCCAGCAUGACCUGGAUGGGCUCCGAGUUCGGCAUGGUGGAUCCGCUGGAUUUGCCCCGACCUGGCAAUGGCCACAGCAAGGACAAGGCCUAUGUGCCCUACAGCCAAGCGGAAAAUACCGGCCUGAAAUACAAGCAUUUGGACGUCUUCGACGUGUUCCUGAACCGAAUUGGCGCUUCACUGCAGUGGCUGCAGAGCCCCACGCAUCAUGUAGCGCUGGCCGAUGAGGAGAAAAAGAUCCUGUGUUUUGUGAGGAGUGGCUGCAUUUUCGCCAUCAACUUCCAUCCCUGCGAGGGUCAAACCGACUUCAGAAUAGACUUGCCCAAGGAUGUGCAGAUCGCGAGGGAGGUGGUGGUCGCUUUAGACACCGAGGAUCCUCGCUUUGGCGGCGAGAACGAGAAGCCGCUCCUGAAGCCGACUCAAAAGUUCAACACGGGCCUCUUCAAGCUCAACCUGCCACCAAGGACCGGCCUGGUACUGGCACCCCUGGACAGAACAGAGAAAGCCUUGUCCGACAAAUUGUUGAAGUGUGAGACGGCGGACGCACUCCUUGGUGCGUAG